AUGGCUUUACUCACUGCGGCAGCCCGGCUCUUUGGAGCCAAGAAUGCAUCCUGUCUUGUUCUUGCUGCUCGGCAUGCCAGUGCUUCCUCCACGAAUUUGAAAGACAUAUUAGCUGACUUGAUACCCAAGGAGCAGACCAGAAUUAAGACCUUCAGGCAGCAGCAUGGCAAGUCGGUGGUGGGCCAAAUCACUGUGGACAUGAUGUAUGGUGGUAUGAGAGGCAUGAAAGGAUUGAUAUACGAAACAUCAGUUCUUGAUCCUGAUGAGGGCAUCCGUUUCAGAGGCUAUAGUAUUCCUGAAUGCCAGAAACUGCUCCCCAAAGCUAAGGGUGGAGAAGAACCCCUGCCUGAGGGCUUAUUUUGGCUGUUGGUAACUGGACAGAUCCCAACAGAGGAACAGGUAUCUUGGCUCUCAAAAGAAUGGGCAAAGAGGGCAGCUCUUCCAUCCCAUGUGGUCACUAUGCUGGAUAACUUUCCCACCAAUCUACACCCCAUGUCUCAGCUCAGUGCAUCCAUUACAGCCCUUAACAGUGAAAGUAACUUUGCCCGAGCAUAUGCAGAGGGUAUCAACCGAGCCAAGUACUGGGAGUUGAUUUACGAAGACUGUAUGGAUCUCAUUGCAAAGCUACCUUGUGUUGCAGCAAAGAUCUACCGGAACCUCUACCGGGAGGGCAGCAGUAUUGGGGCCAUCGACACUAAGCUGGACUGGUCCCACAAUUUCACCAACAUGUUAGGCUAUACUGAUGCUCAGUUCACUGAACUCAUGCGCUUAUACCUCACCAUCCACAGUGACCAUGAGGGUGGCAAUGUAAGUGCACAUACUAGCCAUCUGGUAGGAAGUGCCCUUUCAGAUCCCUACUUGUCCUUUGCAGCUGCCAUGAAUGGGCUAGCAGGGCCCUUACAUGGACUGGCAAAUCAGGAAGUGCUUGUCUGGCUGACACAGCUGCAGAAGGAAGUUGGCAAAGAUGUGUCCGAUGAGAAGUUACGAGACUAUAUCUGGAACACACUCAACUCUGGACGGGUUGUCCCAGGCUAUGGCCAUGCAGUACUAAGGAAGACUGAUCCAAGAUACACCUGUCAGCGAGAGUUUGCUCUGAAACAUCUGCCUUACUAUGGCAUGACGGAGAUGAAUUACUACACGGUCCUGUUUGGGGUGUCACGGGCACUUGGAGUAUUGGCACAGCUCAUCUGGAGCCGAGCCCUAGGCUUCCCUCUAGAAAGGCCCAAGUCCAUGAGCACAGAUGGUCUGAUAAAGUUUGUGGACUCUAAAUCAGGGUAA